CACAUCCUGCGCGUCCGCAAGUCCCAUGGAGCUGCAUUGAUCGUUGGGAAGAUCCAACGGCUCCACAGCAGCACCAACACUCGUUCCUGACGAAACCUGUUUUUCCAACUUUGAGCGCCUUACCAAAGCUCCCAUUUGUGAGUUCUUGAGGAACUUUCGAUAUAUGCACAGCAGAUACAAUGAUCCCUUCGCGACGACCUCUUCUCGCUUUGCUGGCACUGGCCAUUGCAGCAGUUCAUGCUCAACUCUCGGGCAAAAUUGGAAUUAGUUGCGAGCCCGAAGAAACCUUCGAAUGUAUGGCUGGAGGACUUUUCAAUCGAGGUGGUCUUUUUAAGGGGACCUACAUGUGCCGAGAACAAUCAUCCUGGCUAAUCUUCAAACGCAACAUCACUCGAUGCCUUCCGACUCUGGCGGGUGGUGUACUGGGAGAAGAAGGGGAUCGCUGUGGAUGUUGCGACGGCGACUGCCCAUCUCCCUGCACUUGCUUUUGCGAUAAUCAGGAGGAACCGCAUGUUCUUUUGUACAAGAAGCUGCUCUUUGGAUAUGAAUAUCAAUGUGUAUCCCAGGGUAAGGCCAGUCGGUGGGUCGCAGAUCCAAGGGGUUCCAACUACACUUGUGUACCAGAUGAUGCAUGUCCUACUAUUGCACCCACAUUCAGUCCAACAGCAGAACCAACUGCACUACCUUGGUAUGCUGAGUAUACAACAGCCCCAGUUUGGAAUUAUAGCUUGCAGGAAGUUGAAAGAGAGGCAUCCACUCCAACUUUUGCUCCUGAUGGACGUCGCUUGAGAGGAGAUAGCAUCAAUGAUCUGCCAGAACCAGAGUACCUGGUAGUUUGAGAGGUGGAAACUGGCCAACUACCAAGAAGAGAAUUGUCAACUCUACAACAAGUAACCAAUCCAGAUUUCCUGCAAUGGGCUACCAAAUGCACACUACUGUAUUGGAUCUAGCAAAACUAAAAACACUACUAAUCAUGCACCCUUAUUGUAACC